AUGCAUCCCGCUCACCCCUCCGAGGUUCACAUUCUAGGUCGAUCAGCAGAGCAAAUUCAGGAUCCAGAAGUUAUUCUGGUGCACUCUCUGCUAACGGCUCUGGUCUACUUGUGCAACAGUAAUCGGAAAUCAAGGAGCUUGUCUCGAUCAUCAGAUGCCUCCAUCUCACCUAGAAAGCAAAGAUCAUCAACUUUUAAGCGUAGAUCCAGGUCACGUUCCUUGUGCAGGUCUCUGUCUCCUCGGCGACGUAGAAGACAUUCUCCCAGUGGAAGCAGGUCACGGUCACCUAUUAGACGUCAUAGAUCACCAUCACCACAAAGGCGUCGCCGUGUAUCUACACCUGAGAGACGCCGUCAAUCACCACCCUCUUUUAGGCGUCGCAGGUCUCCAUCCCCCUUUAGGCGUCGUAGGUCACCACCAUCCCCACUUGCUAGGAGGCGUAGGUCACCAUCACCACCUGCUAGGCGACGUAGGUCACCGUCACCGCCUUCUAGGCGUCGCGGGUCUCCAUUGCCCUAUAGGCGACGUAGGUCUCCUUCAUCGCCAGCUAGGCGACGCAGGUCUCCAUCUCCACCCUAUAGGCGUAACAGGUCACGGUCACCACCGGCUAAGCGUGAAAGGUCUGACUCACCAAGGAGGUCUCCCUCACCAGUGGCUAGGUGCAGGGCACCGGCUGGGCAAAGGUUGCCUUCUCCACCCGCUGUACAAAGGUUGCCUUCACCACCCCCUAGACGUGCAGGAUCACCUUCACCAAUUAGGAUUGGAAGACCUCAGUCAGCCAAUCACCUUAAAUCACCAUCACCCAGUUCACUGUCUCCUCCUGGUAGGAAAAAAGGAUUACCAUCUCCACCUGUUAGAGGACGCCAUUCACUGACACCUGCCAAAGAGCGAGUCUCCUUAUCACCAGCUGGAUGUUCUGAAAGAGAAUCCCCGACACAUGUCAAGCUGGGUGGAUCGAAGUCACCUGCUAGAGGUCGAGGUAGAUCUUCUCCUUCCUCUCGACAUCAGAAAGCGCGCUCUCCUGUUCGGCACAGAUAUCCAACACCUGUCAACCGGCGAAGUCGAAGAUUGCCAUCUACCUCACAAUCACCACAUGACAGCUGUAGGAGACGCUCUCCAUCAUGGAGCAAAUCUUUGUCUAGGUCGCCCUCACCUCCUGUUCGUCGUAGAUCUCCUUCACCAAGUGGAAGAAAACAGUGGAGGGAUGGAAAAUCUCCUGGACAUCCAUCUGAAGAGCAAGAUAGAGAGGACAGGGAUGUAAAAUCCAAGCUGUUAAAGAAAACUUCAGUGCAGUCACCUGAUUCUGAUAAGAGGAAACAACUACCGGAGAAUGUGCAAGAAGUUGGGCGUGUAGAACAUGGGAAGGAGCAAGAGAGAAAGAGUGGAAAGUUGCCAGAGAGGCGUUCUGGUCACAGAAUCCAGGGUUCACAGAUGUCCCCAGUUUCACCAAAGGACUCCGAUAGAGUAGAAAACUCAGAAGGAAAAAGACAGCCUCCUUCAUAUAAAAUGAAGGACAGUGAGCAGGUUGAGAAAGAAAAUAACAGCGACCUGAAUGCAAACCUUUCUUCUGAUUCUAAGGAAAGUGGCAGGCAUCGAACUAAGGAUAAAAAGAGAAGAAAGCAUAAAAGGUCUGAGAGAGAAGAAGUAUCCUCAGGUGAUAAUGGCAGCUCUGAUUCUGACCUAGAAGAUAGGAAGGAGGCUAAAAGGAGGAGGAAAGAGGAAAAGAAAAUGAGAAAGGAAGAGAAGAAACGCAGGCGAGAGGAGAGACGUCGUAAAAGGGAAGAACGUCGUGGUGAGAAGCUGAAACUGAAGAGUCGAGAGCAAUCUGAUUCCUCAGAGGGUGAAGCUGAGAUCCAUCCUAAGAAUAAAAAAGGGGAGGAGUCAGAUCCAAAGAGGCUUGAGAUUGAGUUGCGAAAGAAAGCACUCGAGUCAUUGAAAGCAAAGAAGGGAAUCAGCCACUAA